AUGAGCUUGCGCACCACGCAGAAAGAAGAAUAUGAUUCAUUGCAUGCUGGUGGAAUUGCCUGGUACGGUAAUUAUUUAUAUGUUGCCGACACUGCACGCGGUUUUCGAGUCUUCGACAUGCGCUAUAUCUUUGAUCUCGGAAAGGCCAAAAAUGGUGAUACUAGCGACAAAAAUCAGAUCGGUCGCCAAAAUGGAAAAUAUUAUGGACACGGUUAUCGCUAUGUGAUGCCAGAGGUGGCUGCGUGGACCAAUGUCAUCCAAAGAGACUCAAAAAAGGCUUGUACAGUUAAUGCCGGAUCACCUACGUUUUCAUUUGCAGCGGUUGACCGUAGCGGCCUCGAUCAUAUCAUUAGUGGUGAAUUCUGCGCGGAUAGCAUUGCUGCAGGUGAUAUUAAUAAGUCGGGACGUGUAGCUCGCUGGCCUGUAGACGGUAACACUGGUCAGCCAAAGCUUACAAAUGGUCUCUGGAAAGCUGACGCAGCCUAUCGAUUACCGGUCUCCAAUAUUCAAGGUGCUGUGUCUUACAACCACAAGUGGUUUCUGAGUCGCAGUCGAGGCGCAUCGAAUGGAGUCUUAUAUGUUACAAAGCCCAUAACUUCUGCCACUGGAAUACUGAAAAUUGAUACCGCUCACUAUGCCGCUGUAGGUCCAGAAGAUCUGACACAUUGGCCCAAAUCAAAUGGGAGUCCUGGAGGUCUAUGGACCGUAACUGAGCACGCUGGCAGGCGUUUGCUGUAUGUUUGCAACAUUGACAGACUCAACAAACGUGAUGAACUUGAUAAUAUAUGUGGACCUAAUCCCAAUCUUUCUUAA